ACAGGGCAGCCCGUGGAGGCCGCGGCCGGGUCCUGAUCUACGUGACGUCACUGGGAGCUGACAGGCUGAGGCAGCACUGACCCGGGACGGCAGAGAGAGCGGGAUACAAGAUGGCCUUAAUGUUAAGACAGAGUGUCAGAAGCCUCCCCACCGCAUCCAGCUUCUCCAUCAGGUCUAUAAGCUGCUCCUCUCACCUCCAGUCUCCAGCUGUCCAGGCAAAGAGUAAGAAGACUCUAUCCAAGCCGGGUGUUAAGAAUGUUGUGGUGGUGGAUGGCGUCCGCACCCCUUUCCUGCUGUCAGGAACCACAUAUUCCGAUCUGAUGCCCCAUGACUUGGCCAGGACAGCGCUGCAGGGAUUGCUGCAUCGCACCAACAUCCAGAGAGAGCUGGUAGAUUACAUCGUGUACGGCACCGUUAUCCAGGAAGUGAAGACCAGCAAUGUGGCUCGGGAGGCUGCUCUCGGGGCCGGUUUCUCUGAUAGAACCCCAGCUCACACAGUCACCAUGGCCUGUAUCUCCUCCAACCAAGCCAUGACCACAGCCUUCGGUCUGAUUGCGUCCGGUCAGUGUGACGUGGUGGUAGCCGGCGGUGUGGAGUUCAUGUCUGAUGUCCCAAUUCGGCACAGCAGGAAGAUGAGAAAGACGAUGCUGAGUCUCAACAAGGCCAAGACCUUGGGGCAGAGACUGUCUGUGUUGUCCAGGAUCCGCCCUGACUACUUGGCACCAGAGCUCCCGGCUGUGGCCGAAUUCUCCACCAGCGAGACCAUGGGUCACUCGGCAGACAGGCUGGCGGCGGCGUUCUCCGUCUCUCGGGUGGAGCAGGACGAGUAUGCGCUUCGUUCACAUUCCCUGGCCAAGAAAGCUCAGGACGCUGGUUUCCUGUCUGAUGUCAUCCCCUUUAAAGUGCCAGGUAAAGAUACGGUUGAUAAAGACAAUGGGAUUCGUCCAUCCAGCAUGGAGCAACUGGCGAAGCUGAAGCCGGCGUUCAUCAAGCCCCACGGGACUGUGACCGCGGCCAACUCUUCAUUUCUGACGGACGGAGCUUCAGCCGUUCUAAUUAUGUCCGAGGAGAAAGCGCUGGCCUUGGGGUACAAGCCUAAAGCCUAUCUGCGGGAUUUCGUCUAUGUGUCUCAGGACCCCAAAGACCAGCUGCUGCUAGGCCCGACCUACGCUACCCCCAAAGUGCUGGAGAGGGCCGGGCUGACCCUGGCUGACAUAGACGUCUUCGAGUUCCACGAAGCCUUCGCUGGGCAGAUCAUGGCCAACCUGAAAGCGAUGGAGUCGGACUGGUUUGCACAGAACUACAUGGGCCGGAAGAAUAAGGUGGGCGCCCCUCCCCUGGAGAAGUUUAAUUCUUGGGGUGGAUCCCUGUCGCUGGGUCACCCAUUUGGAGCUACCGGCUGCCGGCUGGUCAUGGCUGCGGCUCACCGGCUGAAGAAAGAGGGAGGACAGUAUGGGCUGGUGGCGGCCUGUGCCGCAGGAGGACAGGGACACGGAAUGAUUGUAGAACUAUACCCCCAGUAAUCCGAAGCUUCAUGUAACGUACCAGCCUUAAUCGCCAGAGCAAUGCACUAAUAACUCACAAUGUGUCCCUCCAGCUGAGGAUAGUCUCGCAGCACUGUAAAUAUUUUUAGUUGCCUUGUCUGUUGUUUGAAAAUGAAUUGCUGAUUUGUACGGCGCGCACACUGCAGGCGCUGCUGGCGCCCCCCGCGGUCUAACCCUGAGGCGGUCCCGCGAUUCUUUAUGCUGCAUGGAAGGAACGGGCACUUAUCCUGGUGCAAGUUUUAUAAAACCCGCAGAACACACGCGUGUCUGAGAAUGAGCUUGUACGUUAAUGAAUAACAGUUUUGAUAACCAAGUGUGUUGCAGCUCCCCCCUGCCAGGAGGUGAGAUAACCAGAAUACAGCAUUUAAGAGUUAAUAAAAACAUAAAUUAAUAAAAAAAUAAGUAAUUUGUUAA